AUGCAUUCUCUAGCCUCAGCCACCCACACAUCCUCUGGGGUGGUCUCCUCAUCCUUUGUAUUUGCAAUUGAUGUGACCUCUUCUCUGACCAUGUCAGAAAAUUUCCAAAAUUCUUCUUCACAUGGAAAUGCACAUUCUCUGCAGCUCUCUCUUCGUGUGACCAACGCAGCUUCUCUGACAGGAAGUGUCUGCAACUUCUCCAGAGCCUCUGCUCCAGCUGCCACUUCAGCAUGGUUACUGCCCUCAAGUGGCACCUCCUUCCAGACACUCAUGGGCAGUGCCUACCUUUGUCAACAUUCUAGCACAGCCAUGGUGUCUGGAGUUACUAGCCAGAACCAGAUCACCACGGCACCUGCCUCCUAUCCAAGUGUUUCUGAGUGGUAUAUCCCAGGAUGUGCUGAAAAGAGCUCAUCUUCACUCAGGGACUUUAAUCUGAUUCUCACUGACCAGGACAUAGCAGGUUCUUCCAUGACUAUGACAUCCCAAUAUGCAAAAACUUCUGAAACCAAUGUCAUGGUCUCUGUGUGUCCAUCAGUAUAUGCCAGGCUUGUUCAGAAGACACCAUCUCAGAUUCCAAAUCAGGAACAUAGCCUCUCACUUCCCUACCAAGAAGGAAGCCAGGUCUACUACUCUGAUCAAAACACUCUGGGGAAUCUGCUCUCUGGAGAACAUGGUUCCUGUCUGCAAUCCUAUGACUGUGUGCCAUAUGUAGGAAGUAGUGCCGCUGCCCCUCAACCAGAAACGGUGACAGUGCUGCAGAAGGUUCAGCCCACAAAUGCCCUACCAUCAGUCUCUAACCCUGGGAUCUACUGCUCGGUAUUCACUCAACCUAUUACAGAAAAUGUUUUUCAAGUGAUGGAAACAUCCCUAGAGAUGGAAGAUUCCUUGGGAUUGCAAUCUCCAAGUCAGACAUUUUGUCUGCCACAGCCUCCAGAAUUCCUGUACACCUGCAAAAACAGAAAAAGCCAAAUAAUUCAGAAAAACUCACAAACUGAACUUGGGGACAUUUCCACAAUAACACCAGUCCAGAGUUUUACUGAUUUGUUGGCAUUUCCUCCAAAUCAAAGCCAGGAACAAACAGAAAUUAAGAAUUUGUGUGAGAUUAACACCAUGCUCUCAGAACCACUGGAUGCCUACCAGAUUGCCAUGGAGAACCAGGAUCCUCCACUACUCCCUUUAGACAUCCCUGAAAUCCACCAGCUUCUGGCCUCCAUUGGUCCUCUGGACUAAGAGGAGAAGCCACAUUCUGAAAAUAUCCAUCUAGAAAGGAAUAGCCUGAGUCUUGAGGACCAAGGCACACUUGAAAAUGGGAUUGAAUCUAGUAGUGGUUUUGCAGACAUCACUGCACUGGUGGGAGAUUUUCACCUUCCUGAGCUUUUCAGUUCCUUGAAAGACUUUGACCAACCUGAAAGUCCCACAAUAACAAAAUCCAAUGACACCAGAGCCAUCAUGGUGAAUCAGGGGCAGGAAAUCACAAGUGCCAUAAAGGGUCCUAGUGACCCAGUGAGGAAAAACAAACAUAAAGCCUCAGAGUCUCCUCAUGGAACUCCUCAGGCCAAAAUGCAGCCAAGGGACCUGGAAUGUGCAUUAGAGGAGAAGUUGCUCACAGGGAUGCAGACAGUAGUAAGGGCCCUGUGCACACAGCCCAAGCACUCUAUCAGCAAACCUCAGAAAGCUACAUCCAGCAGGAACAGCAAGGCUAAGGGCCAUGGGCAGGAAAAGACCAAGAGGACCAGAGAAAACAACUCCAGGAAAGCCAAGGAGAGGAAGCAGCCAGGCAAUAAAGUCAAGGCAGAAGAGAAGCCAACUGUGCCCAAACUAAAGCGGAAGAGGAACCAACCUGAGCUUUGCCAAGAGACCUUUAAAAAGCCUCGGAGUUGUCUCGACAUGCACAUACUGGAGUCGGUGCAGGUUUUCCACGCACUGGGGAAGAAGAAUGAUAAGAAAACUGAGCUCUCUUCCUCCCGGGCCCUGGGAAAUUCAGGCAGUACCCUAGACCCCCACCCAUGGCUGGUAGUUAAGGUCCUGAGAAAACACAAAGUUAAAGCCCAAAACCCUGAUAUCAGUUCUGAAGGAGAGGGUCCCUCUCCAUCCAUUUAUGAGCCUCCACCACCUGGGAAGGUUAAAUUGGUACCUUUGCCUUUUCUGACCCUGGAGAAACCUCCACCUCAACCAGUAAUCAAUCGGAGGCCACAGUCUCUGGCCUCACAGAGACCUACUGGGGCUUACCCUGCCCAGCCUCGUCCCGCUAGCUCAGCUCAACCCAUGGCAGUCAACCAAUCCCAACCAGCUACUGCCAACCCAUCUUAGUUGCGUCCUGCCAAACCAGCUCAGCCCAUUUUGAACCAUGCCAAUCAGUCUGUUUUGACUUCUUCUACCCAGCCUAGUGUUUCUCGGUCUGCUUCUUAUGGGCGUACACCAUACAAAACACCAUCUUGCACCUCUCUCCAGUAGUAACCCUUUCCCAUGCUUGUGACCAAGCCCCAGUCACAACUGACCAAGCCUCAAAACCAAUAUCUCCUCCAAGACUUUGCCUUACAACCAAUUCCAUGGAGGAAACCCAAUGUUCCUGGGCAAGUAGUAUCAACUCCCAUCACCAAACAGCAGAGGCCAGAGCGGGAAGCCAUGAAGAAGAAGGCUCAACAAGAGCGUGAGAAUGCUGCCAAGUACACUGCUUUGGGGAGAGUGCAGUGUUUCAUUGAGAGGGAAAGAGAGAUGGAGAUUUCUCGCUACUAUGGCUACACAAUGUAA